AUGUAUACACCUGCCAGAGGCUCUAAGUGCCUAAGAAGUGGUCCCUCAGCCCCUCAGUGCCCUCCCGGAGCCCUUUACCUGAAAGGGACCCUGAGAGAACGGACGACAGGAGCCGAGUCGAAAGCAGUGUCCGCGCCGGAGGUCAGCGCCGAAGGCGGGCCCCGGCGUCUAGGGACCACAGAGCGGCGACGCGGCCAGCCGCGCACGGGCCAUUCCGCCGCCGCGAACGCAGAAAGCCUCGAUCGCGCUCCGAGUCCAGCCAGCUCGCCUGUCACCUCGAUCUCUGCUUUAAGUGGCUUCCGGUCGCCUCCUCCCGACGGCCGGUCGCGGAGGCGGAGCCUAGGAGGCCGGAGCGCGGUGGGGUGGGGUGAGGAGGCCGGGCGCUCAGUGGGUGCCGAGAAGAAGACCCGCCCCCUGCGCGCGCGUGCGCGUUCGUUCCAGGGGAGGUGCGCGGGUUGUGUGCCGUGGACUUGUAUUCCCGCGAGGGGGCGUGUCCUUUCUCGCGCCGGCGGUGUCCCCGCGGGUCCGCGUCUCCACGCGGCUGUGAGAAAGGAAGGCGUGUGCCGCGUGGGACGGGUUCCACCUGCCUGCGGACAGAUGACGCCUCCAGCCCCUGAUGUCGACGCACCCUGUGAGGAAGCAAACGGUUGCCUCCGCCACUGCCACCAGACGAGGUCGCCUGCCCCGCGCGGGACAAGCCGGACGGGCCGCGCACCUGCGGCGGCCGACUGUUUCGUGGGCCUUGUACGCCACCUUGCAGAAGGGGAACCUAGCUCUCAGAAUAAUAACAGGAUGGAGAUGGAGUUUCAUGACAAAAAGGAAGGUGAAUAUGAUGUGGAAAAUAUAAAGAUGGAAACAACAAACUAAGGAUGCUGGGGCAGAAAGAUAGAAGGAAACUGGGUCACUCAUAACAUCUUGAAACUGCUGUAGCCAUCCUAGACUGGCUGCCUCUAGACUUAAUAUGUUUAAAAAGUAAAUCCCAAUUUUAUUAAACUGUUACCUGUUCUGUAUAGAUGAACACAUUCUUAGCUAAUAAACUAUCAUGUCUCCUAA